UAUUACUAUAAAACAAAAUCAGCCUUCGUCCAUUAAUUAAUAAUUACUAAUCCAAACGUACCAUUAUAAAAACCCAAACAACAGAAAAAAAAAGGAAAGAAAAGCAAGUGUUACAUUUUGAAAAGAAAGAAGUAAAGAAGAAUUAGAAUCUCCACACAAAUGGUGCUCCAACAACAAACGCAUUUUCUCACAAAGAAGAUAGAUCAAGAAGACGAAGAAGAAGAACCUUCUCAUGAUUUCAUUUUCCGAUCUAAGCUUCCUGAUAUCUUCAUCCCUAACCACCUCCCUCUCACCGAUUACGUCUUCCAAAGGUUCUCCGGCGAUGGCGACGGAGAUUCCUCAACAACCUGUAUCAUCGACGGUGCCACUGGCCGUAUUUUGACCUACGCCGAUGUACAAACCAACAUGCGGAGGAUAGCUGCCGGAAUCCACCGGCUCGGGAUCCGCCACGGAGACGUCGUAAUGCUUCUCCUCCCGAACUCGCCGGAGUUUGCUCUGUCUUUUCUUGCCGUUGCUUACCUUGGAGCCGUUUCCACUACCGCGAAUCCGUUCUACACUCAGCCGGAGAUCGCUAAACAGGCUAAAGCCUCCGCCGCGAAGAUGAUCAUCACGAAGAAAUGUUUAGUCGAUAAACUAACAAACCUCAAAAACGACGGCGUUUUGAUCGUUUGCCUAGACGAUGACGGUGACAACGGCGUUGUUUCGUCGAGUGAUGAUGGUUGCGUGAGUUUCACGGAACUGACUCAAGCGGACGAAACAGAACUUCUAAAACCUAAAAUAUCGCCGGAAGACACGGUGGCGAUGCCGUACUCUUCCGGAACAACGGGACUUCCAAAGGGAGUGAUGAUUACUCACAAGGGUUUAGUUACAAGCAUCGCUCAGAAAGUCGACGGAGAAAACCCUAACCUUAACUUCACGGCCAAUGACGUCAUCCUCUGUUUUCUCCCAAUGUUUCACAUUUACGCUCUCGACGCGUUGAUGCUUUCGGCGAUGAGAACCGGUGCAGCGUUACUGAUCGUGCCGAGGUUCGAGUUGAAUCUGGUGAUGGAGCUGAUUCAAAGGUACAAAGUCACGGUUGUGCCGGUGGCUCCUCCGGUGGUUUUAGCAUUCAUUAAAUCCCCUGAGACGGAGAGAUACGACUUGAGCUCGGUGAGAAUUAUGCUAUCAGGUGCAGCUACACUAAAGAAGGAGCUUGAAGACGCCGUGCGACUCAAGUUUCCUAAUGCCAUUUUUGGUCAGGGUUAUGGAAUGACCGAGUCCGGAACGGUAGCUAAGUCAUUAGCGUUUGCAAAGAACCCAUUUAAAACCAAGUCCGGUGCAUGUGGGACUGUGAUCAGAAACGCCGAGAUGAAAGUGGUCGAUACCGAAACCGGAAUCUCCUUGCCGCGCAACAAAUCUGGCGAGAUCUGCGUCCGAGGUCAUCAGCUCAUGAAAGGUUAUUUGAAUGAUCCGGAAGCUACUGCACGAACCAUAGACAAAGACGGGUGGUUACAUACAGGAGAUAUUGGGUUUGUGGAUGAUGAUGAUGAGAUCUUCAUUGUUGAUCGGUUGAAGGAACUGAUCAAAUUCAAAGGCUACCAAGUGGCUCCAGCUGAGCUUGAAGCAUUGCUUAUUUCUCAUCCUUCUAUCGAUGAUGCCGCAGUUGUUGCGUGAGUUCAAAACAAAUCUGAAACUUCCAAACUGAGACACUAAAAUGGUUGUUGUCUCUAAUGAUAUUUGAAUUUUCAGAAUGAAGGAUGAAGUAGCUGAUGAGGUUCCAGUAGCAUUUGUAGCAAGAUCUCAAGGGUCUCAGUUAACUGAAGAUGAUGUCAAGAGUUACGUAAACAAACAGGUGGUUCACUACAAGCGGAUUAAGAUGGUGUUUUUCAUAGAAGUUAUACCAAAAGCAGUUUCGGGCAAGAUUCUGAGGAAGGAUCUGCGAGCUAAAUUGGAAACCAUGUGCUCUAAAUAGACACAAGAGAGUUUCAAAUGUAUGUGUAAAUUCGAACAUUAUAGUCUCUAAGAAGUAAGGAGUAAGAAGCAAGUAUUUGGUAUUUGAUUUGGUUUUCACGAGAUCAAUCAUGUAAAGUCAACAAAUCUAGGAAACCUAAAGCUAAGCUACCCUCAGAAACAUAAAUUCAUUUCCUAUAAUCAUCAUUUCAC